AUGGGAUUGAAUGUGAGUAUUGGUGUUCCAGCCAUAUUGGCCUUCUCCAAAGGAAUUUUUGAGAAGUUCGGUCUCAACUCAUCCGCUUCUGCUUACUUAUCAGUGGCAUUCCCCCUGGUUCAAAUGAUCAUAAUCCUCAUGCUUUACAAACUUGUCUUAAAUAGAAAAGUUCUCAUUGUUGGCGGUUACAUGGUGGCGGUUUUCUUGCAAGUAAUCCUGCUAAUCACCUCAUUUUAUCCAUUACUACCUGAAUUCCAUAAAACAAUCGCUGUCAGUACUUUGUUCUGGUUGCUCGCCGUCGUCGUUUGUGUCCCAUGCAAUACGGCGCUCUGCUUGAUAACAGGUACGGACAUCACGUUCCUUCAGACAGAAUAUCAUCCAAGGGUCAACCGAGACUUGUAA